AUGGCCGGGCCGUGGCGAGAGCCCUGUGGUGCCUGGAGGGUAAAAGGCCGUGGAGACUAUGAUUCUGAUUUUAGUGAUGAGGAAAGUGGAGAAAAAUCUGUGCAGAAGACUAGAAGUGUAAAAGAUGACCUUCUGAUAAAGCCAUUCCAAAAACCAAGACAAAGCCAUGUUGCUCACAGUCAAGUCGCAGCUCAAGAAUGGGAUAGGGAAGAAGCAAGAAAAAGAAGAUUUCACUUGAUAUCUAUGGAUGCUUAUGAAAGACAUAAAAAGUUUGUGAGUGACUACAUUUUGUACUACGGUGGCAAAAUGGAAGAUUUCCGGCGUUCCACUGCAAAUGACAAGACGGAUCUUGAUGUUAUAAGAGAAAACCAUAGAUUCCUGUGGAGAGAAGAUGAUGAAGUAGACAUGAACUGGGAGAAGAGGCUUGCGAAGAAGUAUUAUGAUAAAUUAUUCAAAGAAUACUGUAUAGCAGAUCUUAGGAGAUACAAAGAGAAUAAGUUUGGAUUUAGAUGGCGACAUGAGGAAGAAGUAGUUUCAGGAAAAGGUCAGUUUUCCUGUGGAAGUAAGCACUGUGAUGAGAAAGAAGGCCUGAAGAGCUGGGAGGUGAAUUUUGGUUACGUCGAGCAUGGUGAAAAGAGGAAUGCCCUUGUGAAAUUGAGACUGUGUCCAGAAUGUUCAAAAAAACUUAACUUCCAUCACCGGAGGAAAGAAAUCAAAUCAAAGAAGAAAAGAGACACAGCUCUAUUAAACUCUGAUGAACCAAAAUUUAAGAAGAGAAAGUUAUCUUCUUCAAAAAAAUCCAAGUCGAAGAAAAAGACCCAUAAAGAUGAGGUUUCUUCAGAGGAUUCAGAUAAUUCUGAUAAAGAUUCAGAUAACAGUGAUGUGCAAGAUGGCCCUUCAGAUGCAGACUUUUGGAAAGGUCCCCUACAAGAGCCAGAUGAAAAAUCACGGGAGGAGGAAUUUGAUGAAUAUUUUCAAGACUUGUUUCUCUGAAACUUGAAGUGGACAUAGACUGAUUUUCUUUUUAGAGCAUCAAGAUGAGUGCCUGGAAAUCCAAUCAUAUUUAGGGACCACAGCCUUUUUUUUUUUUCCUGCCAGUCUACCGUUUCUAAAGUCACGCCAUUGGACCAUCUGCGUGAAGUAUCUUUGUAGAAGGAUUCAGACCU